AUGGACAUUUUCCUUCUCUGUGUGUUCCUGCCUCUGGUGACUGUGGCAUGGGGCCAGUACAGUGACUAUUACUAUGGUCCCUAUAAUUAUGGAGAUAAUGAUGAAUGGGUCAAUGUGUACCGGCAAGGUUUCAACUUUCAGUGCCCGCAUGGGCAGGUGAUCGUGGCCGUCAGAAGUGUCUUCAGCAAGAAGGAAGGCUCUGACAGACUGUGGAACUAUGCCUGCAUGCCAGCAUCCCAGAGCCUCGGUGAGCCGACAGAGUGCUGGUGGGAAGAGAUCAACAGGGCGGGAACCGAAUGGUAUCAAACCUGCUCAAACAAUGGGCUGGUGGCUGGUUUCCAGAGUCAGUAUUUUCCUUCGGUGCUGGACCGUGAAUGGCAAUUUUACUGCUGCCGCUAUAGCCGGAGGUGCCCAUAUUCCUGCUGGUUAACAACAGAAUAUCCAGGACACUAUGGAGAAGAUAUGGACAUGAUGAUGUACACUUAUGACUAUUACAUCCGUGGGGCAACCACAACUUUCUCUGCUGUGCACAGGGAUCGUCAGUGGAAAUUUAUUGUCUGCAGGAUGACAGACUAUGACUGCCCAUUUCAGAAUGUUUAA